AUCGCCGCUUGGGAAUGCGGGUGUGAAAGGUCCGAGCUGCCACCCAGCGGGGGAACAGACCCCCCCACCCCUACCCCACCCGGGACGCCGCCAAGCAUCCUCCCGAAGCUGCGAGAAAAGGGGCCGAGAGCGCAUUUAUUCUUCAUUCAGUUGUGUGCCUUGUGAGGGAUUUUUUUUCCAAAAAUUGGUAUAUGCCUAUAUAAUUUUUUUUUUAAAGAAACAUUUCCGUGUUACUGUCUGUCAUCGUCUCUGGGGACAUCAGCCAGAAGCACCGAGACGUAACAGAAACCAGACACGAGCGGCCGGGGAGCUCAGUCAGUACCUGCAAGCGUCCCGGGUACCCGGAGCCACCUUGGAACCCGAACGCCCGUGGGGCGGCCGCGGGGCUGCGGUUCCACCAAAGUUUGGGGCGCGCGAGGGCGCCGAGGGGCUUCGCAGACGCAGGGCGGCCCCCUCACCAUGAUGUUUCGCGACCAGGUCGGGGUGCUGGCGGGCUGGUUCAAGGGCUGGAACGAGUGCGAGCAGACUGUUGCGCUGCUGUCGCUGCUCAAGCGCGUGAGCCAGACCCAGGCCCGCUUCCUGCAGCUGUGCCUGGAGCACUCGCUGGCCGACUGCGCAGAGCUGCACGUCCUGGAGGGCGAGGCCAACAGCCCGGGAAUCAUUAACCAAUGGCAACAGGAAUCCAAGGAUAAAGUGAUCUCCCUUCUGUUAACUCACCUGCCUCUGCUGAAGCCGGGAAACCUCGAGGCAAAAGUCGAGUAUAUGAAACUGCUGCCUAAAAUCCUGGCGCACUCCAUUGAACACAACCAGCACAUUGAGGAGAGCAGGCAGCUGCUGUCCUAUGCUCUGAUCCACCCGGCCACCUCUUUGGAAGACCGCAGCGCUCUGGCCAUGUGGCUGAAUCAUUUGGAGGACCGCACAUCCACCAGCUUCGGAGGCGGCCAGAGCCGGGGCCGCUCGGACUCUGUGGAUUAUGGACAGACACACUACUACCACCAAAGACAGAACUCGGACGACAAGCUCAACGGGUGGCAGAACUCUCGGGAUUCUGGGAUUUGCAUCAGCGCCUCCAACUGGCAGGACAAAAGCCUGGGGUGUGAGAAUGGCCACGUGCCUCUGUACUCCUCCUCGUCUGUCCCCGCCACCAUCAACACGAUUGGAACCAGCACAAGCACAAUUCUCUCAGGCCAGGCACACCACAGCCCUUUGAAACGAUCUGUGUCCCUUACCCCACCCAUGAAUGUGCCAAACCAGCCUCUAGGACAUGGAUGGAUGUCUCAUGAGGACUUACGAGCUAGAGGACCCCAGUGCCUCCCAUCCGAUCAUGCCCCCCUGUCUCCACAAAGCAGUGUAGCCUCUUCAGGAAGUGGUGGGAGUGAACACUUAGAAGAUCAGACCACUGCUCGUAACACAUUCCAAGAAGAAGGUAGUGGUAUGAAAGAUGUCCCGGCCUGGUUAAAAAGCCUCCGCCUGCACAAGUACGCCGCACUUUUCUCACAGAUGACGUACGAGGAAAUGAUGGCCCUCACUGAGUGCCAGCUGGAGGCUCAGAACGUUACCAAAGGUGCAAGACACAAAAUUGUCAUCAGUAUUCAGAAGCUCAAGGAAAGACAAAACCUCCUGAAGUCUUUGGAAAGGGACAUCAUCGAGGGAGGCAGCCUGCGCAUCCCCCUCCAGGAGCUGCACCAGAUGAUCCUGACGCCCAUCAAGGCUUACAGCUCCCCGAGCGCCACCCCGGAGGCUCGCCGUCGGGAGCCCUCGCUGCUGGGCCCCGAGGGCCCGAGCCCAGACUGCAAAGACAGCAGCGGCCCGACGGUGGCGGCCAGCGCCUCGGCCGGGGCCAGCGGAGGCCUGCAGCCGCACCAGCUGAGCAGCUGCGAUGGGGAGCUGGCUGUCGCCCCGCUGCCUGAGGGGGACCUCCCGGGGCAGUUCACCCGCGUCAUGGGCAAAGUGUGCACACAGCUCCUGGUCUCCAGACCUGACGAGGAAAAUAUAAGUUCCUAUUUACAGCUCAUAGACAAGUGUCUCAUUCAUGAGGCAUUUACAGAGACGCAGAAAAAGAGAUUGUUGUCAUGGAAACAGCAGGUGCAGAAGCUCUUUCGGUCUUUCCCUCGGAAAACCCUUCUAGACAUAUCAGGAUAUCGACAGCAAAGGAAUCGUGGUUUUGGCCAGUCCAACUCCCUCCCGACGGCCGGAUCUGUGGGUGGUGGCAUGGGCAGACGGAACCCGCGCCAGUACCAGAUCCCAUCUCGGAAUGUCCCUUCAGCCCGCCUUGGCCUCUUGGGCACCAGUGGAUUCGUAAGCUCCAAUCAGCGCCACACCACCACCAACCCCACCAUCAUGAAACAAGGAAGACAGAACCUCUGGUUCGCCAACCCUGGGGGCAGCAACAGCAUGCCCAGCCGCACCCACAGCUCCGUGCAGAGGACCCGCUCGCUGCCUGUGCACACUUCCCCGCAGAACAUGCUGAUGUUCCAGCAACCAGAAUUCCAGCUUCCAGUGACUGAACCUGACAUCAACAAUAGGCUGGAGUCGUUGUGCCUCAGUAUGACUGAGCAUGCCCUGGGAGACGGGGUUGACCGGACCUCCACAAUCUAGAAACUGAAGAUGAGAGUGACCGCGCUGGCCGUGAAAUCGACUGCUGCGGGCCCAGUGUCAGCCAUCUUCAGGGUUGCAUUGAAUCCUCCAAGAUACUUUGCAGCCUCUUUCCCCUGGUCCCUCACCCAUUUUGAUUUUGUGAGAGCGUAGGUCAUCCUUGUAAACCUAACAGUAGACCUGGGAUUGGUGAUGCUGUCAUUUGUUUCUGUCAUGGGAUGGGAUGGUGUGCAGGGUGGGAAGUGGGUCUCUGGGGGUACUGGAAAGACUGAGAGGGGGUAGUGGGAUGCUAGUGGCUUCCUGGAUGGCGAGGGGGGCGGGGGAAGAGUACUGCUAUGAGAGAGAUGCAAGAGACUCGGGAGGGAGGCAGAAGCCCUAACCUCUGGGGAGCCUUCUCCGUGAGCCUGGCUUCACACUUGGGCCGCAGAAGACGGCAGAUACCAGUGACCAAAGCAAGAUGGUGGCAGGCCUGUUUAUGCCUCCCCUGAUUGGAUUUCCCCAAAGCCCCUGCUUGAAACACCCAAGGAGAGGGCCUGCGUGGCAACAGGGGCAAGAGGAAGAACCUCCCUCCAGCAAAAUUUCAGAUAAACUUUGAUUUGUGUAUUGUUUACAUACGAAUUUUAAAGGGUACAUACCGCAUAAAGAAUUUGGGUAGGACUUCUCUCCAUAUGAUGGUUUUGUAAAGGACUCUUGUCAUGGGUUCGUGUUGUCUCAUCCAUUCUUAUGGAAAGCAGCGGGGUUGUCUUUUAAAACAGCUGCCAAGCUCUGCUUCUCGGGAAGACGGACAUAGUCAGUAGGCCUCGGCUGUUGUCUUUCACCACGAGGUAGGAGGAGUGUGUGGGUGGAUCUGAAGGACAAGAGUGUGGCCAGGAUGGGCACAGCACUAGGCAAGGGCACAAGAAUGAUGGCACCACGUGAUCACUUAUGGAUUUGCUCACAGCUCACCCAGAGAUUCUAAACAAACCUCACGGCCUCUUUCUGGGCUGGAUUUGCAUUUCAUCCAAAGGCGCCUCUCUUCCUUCCCACCCUGCAAACCGGCUUCAUCCUUCCCCUCCUGUUCACCACAGACAGGCAGGCACGAGGUCCACAGGAAACGCCAGGAUGGGUGGUUUUUCCUUUGUAUGGGUCUAACACCCAGAUGAAGAGUUUGGAACAUUUCCAGCGAGGAACAUGAGCCUGGGGGGCUGUAUCUCCUUCACUCAUUCCCUGCUGGGAAAAGGAGGAAAGAAUGACCUAGUAGCGUCGGAAAGGGUCUGUCAGCAAGUGUCAGAAAGUAUGAGGACAUGGCGGUGGCCUUAACGGUCCAGUCCCACCAUCCAAGGGGAGAACCCGAAAGCUGACGCAGGAAAGGUUAAUCUCAUGAUAGGAGUGAUGUCUCUGUGCAGCAUUUCUGUAGUGUUGGCUGACUUAUCUAGCCAUAGAGAAAGGGGCAGGGGGCGAAGUGCACACACACAUUCACUCAUUACACAGUGAGAGAUUAACUGUGGUACCACAAAGUAAUAGCUCUAUUUCUUAAGGGCAAGAAAGACAGUGUUUCAGAAUGGGAUGCAAUGGAGGGUAUUAGAGGAAAUCAAAAAGGAAUUGUGCUCUGCACUGGAAAAUUGGGUUGUGUAAAUGAUGGUAUGAAUGCUCAGCCAGACGCACGAUCAGAGAGACAAUAUAAAGCCUGUUUAUUAAAUGGGUGAGACUGGUGCCUUUAAAAAAAAAAAAAAAGUGAAGUCAGAGUCCAAAUUAAAGAGAUCAGACCAUGAAAAUCACUGCACUUUGCCUAUGGUUAUUUUUUUAAGUUAAUGAGGUGCACACAGAUGUAGCAGGCCUUAAUCAAAUCCACACAACUUUCUUUUACUUUGGCGAUUAAAAAUGUACACCCAUCCCAGCCUGGCGCACUGCUGCAGAGUGUGGAAGUCCUUUCCAAUCCAAAAAGCUGACAGCACCUUAACCAGAUUGAGCUCUUAGCACAGAGAGCUUGGAUCCAUAAUCUUGUGCAAUGCAUUAACCAAAAAAAAAAAAAAAAAACAAAAAACAAAAAGGCUCAGCCUUCUACUUGGGUGACUAAGUCCUACCGAUGCAAAUCCAUGUGCAGAAAGAGGCAACAUUUUUAGUUGAGAUUUUGAACCAAGUGCCAUUAACAUUCAUCCCUCACAUCCCUUCUCUAAACGAGCUUAAUGUCGGGGAAUGUGUUUGGAUGGACGAUCACAUGUAAGGCAAGAAGCAUUGGUCAAAAUGUUGAAGGUCCGAGGUAAGGCCAGAGGGUUUGAGGAUGUGUUUCGAGGAUGCUGAGAAGGUGAAUGGAGAGGAGAGAAACAAUGGUCUUGCUCGUCUCAUAGAGAAAGGAGAAAGCAUUUGGAUCUCCUGCAAAACACAUACAUCCAUAAAGACUCGUGUUAUCAGAAGACGGAUUGUGAACACAAUCACACUAGCAUGAAUCCUUUAAAAGGAAGAAGACCUUGAAGUAUUUGCAAAUCUGAAUUUCUAUUUAUUCCUCCAUUGAAUAUAGAAGCAAUGGUUAUCUGAUUAUUAGAGAUAUUAUUUUGGAUAUGUUACUUAUUAACUUGCUAUGGCUGGUAACCAUGAUAAAGUCUGUUAUUAAUGACAACACAAUUCUUUUUUAAAAAAAAGAAAAAGAAAAGCUUAUUUUUCAUUGACUGUAUAGAUUUAUCUACUCAGUUGUGUUUUGCUAUAUUAGUGUUUUAAUUUUUUUUAAGUUGUGUUCUGAUGAAUUUUAGGAGCCUGUCCCCACCUUGUUUUGAGUUCUGUGUUGACUGCAGGUGUACAGCUCAAUUUAAAAAUCCUAAAGCAAGAUACUUUUAUUUAUAAAAGAAAUCAAACAGUUGCAUGCAUCAGGCUGUGAAGUCAGAUCUUUAGUAAUAAAGCGGCAGUGCCUUUUUUUGUAUUUGCCCAUUGACCUCCCCCCCAAUGCAGCUGUUUUAUAUUAAAUAGUAAACAGUUUAAAAAAAAAAAAAA